CAUGUGUUAUGUGGAGUAAACAGGGCGGAAGUUACAUUUGGAUGAGCGACGGCGUCCACUUUUAAAUCCGACGUGUAUUUUAACGGUUAUGCCUAAAGUUAAAUCAAGUUUACUAUGUACAACGGAUAAAGCUUCUGGUAAGUUUUGUUUUUGUUAACUUGACCUCGGAAACGGUAAUUCCCUUUUUUGCGUUGCGCACGCGACAUAAGAACAUCGAGAUUUUCACAGGUUUUCAAAAGAGAGAGGCUCCCUCUGUGGGUGAGUAGAAAACGAAGACCUAAGAUCUAAGACCCAAACACGACCUUAAAACCACUUAUAAAUAGGUUGAUAUAAGAUGUUGGAUCAGAGACCAGACAGCAGAUAUUCACCAAUACAAGUUUAUUCAGACCAACAUGUCGUCUCUCCCUUUCCCAUCAUGCACUACGUUGAGAUACCACAGGAACACCAGCCUUUAACACCUUUCCAGCAGUAAAAUGUCAAUUUUUUGUUUCGGCUAGGAAGUGUGUGCAAAACCGCUUUCAUAUGUAGGUGAAUGUCUUUCACUGUGGAUCAUUAUUGAAAACUGGAUUGAACAACACAGUACACAAGAUUCAUAUAAUUAAUUGCUUCUUUGCAGAUAAUAGCUCGGCUAAUCUUGAGUGGUAUCUCAGGCAUGCGUCAGCUACAUCUCCCGUCGUUGUAAAUACCAGUGGGGUGAAUGUGUCUUGCUCUAUUUCUGUGACACGAGAGUUGUAUUUUCGCUUCUUUUCAUUUUCAUGAAUCCUGUAGAUUUGCUUGGGGCUAAGAUCUCUAUACGAGUCCGCAUUGGGAUGACACACCCUUAUAUCGAAAAAUGCAGCCCUCUGUCACUUCCAGAAACCCCUAAAGUGGACGUCAAGGCGUGCGUCAGGGGCUUGGUUAGUCCCUCUGGCAAGCUCUUCGCCUGUAAUAGGUUGUAAAGCCGGUUCAACUUACACAUUGUAACAAACCAUGUCAAGCAGCUCGGCCUGACAGAUUAUCGGUAGAAUGUUCACAGUCCUCUAUUUUUCCAUAAGAUUUUGCAUGAGUGUCAAAACUACUUAGGGGGCGGGGGCAGUUUGGGAGGAGGUGAGAAAAAUAGAGGGACUGUAAUAACAUCACUGCAGCUCGAGUUCAGGAGGCAUGACAGCAAUUUCACGCCUUUAACCAUUCAUUAAUUAAGAAACUCCAUUGGUGAUGAAAAACAUGCCAGACACAUUUAGCAUCGAUUACGUGUGUUUACAAAUAUCUACUUCCGAAACAGUGAUUUUAUAAUGUUUCUAGGCCAUUCCUCGAAAUAAAAUCGGCAAACAUAUGCAAGAAAACAUUUUUCUAAUCAAAAUACCAAAAAUCCUUCGUGUGUUUGCGCAAGAUGUGCCUUAUGGUAUGAAAGCGUACGUUUCAUGGAAACGUCGACUUGUCAGUGUGGGCAAUUGAAACUAAACCCGUUGUCAGCAUAAAUUAACAUCUAUUGUCUAAUGACCAAUCAAACGCCUGUGUUGCUGGUACAACGCGCCCCGUGAACGCGAACUGCAGUGAUGAUAUUACAGUCCCUCUAUUUUUCUUGUCCCCCCCCCUCCUAGAGCUAUAAUCCUCGUCGCCCCCCCCUCCGUACAUGCCGUGACGGUAAAACAUGGUAUAUUCAAACGAUCACACGAAAAAAUAGGGGACUGUGAACAGCCGAAGCCUCACAGCAUCAUGAAAUUCCCGCUUGUUGAGAUCAAAAUCCAUGUCUUUGAGAGGAAUAACUGUAAGCCAGUUGGAUGCGCCUUUAACACAGGCCAGGUCCACGGCUCUCUGUGUCCUGUCUGGCAACAUGGCCUUCACCUCCUCAAGCUCUUCUUUUAGCCCAUCAGAGUACUAAACUUGUCUCGCACCAAUGUGAUUUGGGUUCAAUUCCUGCUGUUGUUGUUUUUUCCCCCACUCUGCAAGGUUUUUCUCAGUGUACUCUGGUUUUCCCUUCUCCUUAAUUUCAAAUUUAACUCAUUAAUAAUUUAUAAAAAACACAGAAUUUAAUGUUUAAUGAGUGUUUUGAUAUCUGACAAAGACACGGCUAUUAAACUUUACUACAUCUAACUAUUUAGACCAAAUAACCCCAAAUCUAAAUUAUAUUAGUGCAAGAAUGAGUUGAUCUAUAUCAGAGAUUUUGAAGCCAUUCAAAAAACUUGCAGUCGUGUUUUGCCUCAACUCUUUAAACUUGAUAAUACACUCCUUCUCAACAGUACUAAACCAACACUUUUAAAUUCUGAUUUUACCAGGAACUCAUUAACACUUUCAAAUGAGUUCCUCUGAGCUCCUAUGUGUGAUUGGGUAAACAAAUUAAAUUAUUAUCUAUUAGUAACUAUAACUGCUUUGUUUAUUUAUUUUCAUGCACUGAUUAGGAUCCAAGAUAUUCAAAUCUUCGCAGGAUACAACAAGCACAUCAGAGGGUAGUCAUAGCGAUACACCCCAGCUUACUACUGAUAUCAAGUCUUCUUCAAGAAAUGACACUAGGGACCCUCCUGACCUUAAUAAAGUUCUCCCAUCCUUAGUUGACAUUAAGGCAAUAACCAAACCAUCAAAAGAUGCUGAUCUGCCG